CUUCCAGCUCAGAACUGACCAGACAUUUUCAUAAGCUUUGUGAGGUGCCACAACGAGAAGGAAACAUGGUCAGCCGAUUUGAACACCCAGCUGGUACCUACAAGAAGAUUUUUGAGACAUGUGAGGAGCUGGCUGAGCCUCUUCCAGCAACAGUCACAGGUCGUAUUCCCUCAUAUCUGAAGGGAAGUCUUCUCCGCUUGGGACCUGGGCUUUUUGAGGUUGGAGAUGAACCUUUCUAUCACCUCUUUGAUGGCCAGGCCCUCAUGCACAAAUUUGACUUUAAGAAUGGCCAGGUCACCUACUACCGAAAGUUUGUCAGAACAGAUGCAUAUGUGAGAGCCAUCACAGAGAAGCGCGUGGUGAUCACUGAGUUCGGCACUUUUGCAUACCCUGAUCCCUGCAAGAAUAUUUUCUCCAGGUUUUUCUCUUACUUCAAGGGUGUGGAGGUCACAGACAACUGCCUGGUGAAUGUUUAUCCUGUUGGCGAGGAUUUUUAUGCUGUAACAGAAACCAACUACGUCACUAAAGUAAACACUGAUACCUUGGAGACGAUGAAGAAGGUUGAUUUGUGCAACUAUAUCAACAUCAAUGGAGUGACAGCUCACCCUCAUAUCGAGAGAGAUGGCACAGUGUAUAACAUUGGAAACUGCAUGGGGAAAGGAGCAUCGCUGGCCUACAACAUUGUCAGGAUUCCACCCACACAGAAAGAUAAGUCUGAUCCCAUUGAGAAGUCCAAGGUGGUGGUGCAGAUCCCCAGUGCAGAGAGGUUCAAGCCCUCCUAUGUGCACAGCUUCGGCAUGUCAGAGAACUACUUUGUCUUUGUGGAGACUCCAGUGAAAAUCAACCUGCUGAAAUUCCUGAGUGCUUGGAGCAUCCGAGGCUCCAACUACAUGGACUGUUUUGAGUCCAAUGAGUCCCAAGGAACCUUGUUUCACAUUGCCACAAAAGAACCCGGAGAGUACAUUGAUCACAAGUUCAAAGCGGCAGCCAUUGGCAUGUUUCAUCACAUCAACACCUAUGAGGACCAAGGCUUCAUUGUUGUUGACCUCUGUGGAUGGAAAGGUUUUGAGUUCGUUUACAACUACCUCUGGUUGGCCAACUUGAGGGCCAACUGGGAUGAGGUGAAGAAGGCGGCAAUGAUGGCGCCACAGCCGGAGGUCCGCAGAUACGUUAUUCCCUUGGAUGUCCACAAGGAGGAGCAGGGGAAGAACCUUGUCAGCCUGCCGUACACGACAGCCACAGCGACGAUGCACGCUGAUGGGACGAUCUGGCUGGAGCCAGAGGUGCUGUUCUCCGGGCCUCGCCAAGCUUUUGAGUUCCCUCAGAUCAACUACGAGAAGUUUGCAGGGAAGAACUACACAUAUGCCUACGGCCUGGGUCUCAACCAUUUCAUACCAGACAGGAUCUGCAAGUUGAAUGUGAAGACCAAGGAGACCUGGGUAUGGCAAGAACCAGACUCCUAUCCCUCAGAGCCUCUGUUUGUUCAGACACCUGAUGGGGUAGAUGAGGACGAUGGUGUGCUUCUGACCAUCAUUGCGGCUCCGGGCUCCCAGAGACCUGCAUACCUUCUCAUUCUCAACGCCAAAGAUCUGUCUGAGAUUGCCAGAGCUGAAGUGGAGUGCGACAUUCCUGUCACCUUUCACGGGAUGUACAAACCCUGAUGAUGCUUUUCUGUGUUAACGUUAGUCGGCAGGGUUAUAAAAAUAAAAUACAAAUAGGAUAAUGACUAAAUGUAUAAUGUCGAGAGAAAAAAAAAUGGUUUUAUGGUUUUGUUUGCAGCUGGUGUGAGACGUUAGACAAAUUAAAAUAUAAUUAUAUGAAUGUAUGUCUUUUGGAGUGGCAAGCCUAAAUCCUGUACUGUCAUCAUAGGUUUAAUUAAAACAAAUAUGGAUCGUUCACUCAAUAUUUAAUGGUUAAAAAAUUAAAUCUGAUAAAAUCAAAAUGGUUGUUUUGUUUUCUUCAGUUAUGUGCUUUGUUCAUUUGCCAAUUCCUGUGUAGCACGGUGACAAACUGUGCAAAGAGAUUGUCCUUCAAAUGAGGUUCAGUCCUCUGUGAAUCUGCAUAUUUACCGCCUUAACUUCAUUCUUUGAGUUAGGCCAAAAGAUAUUUGGUGAUGAUUUGAGUUUUCUUAAAACAAGCUGUCAUUUCUCUUGCUACAAACAAUCCUUCAGCCUAAAUUCUUGAAAUAUUUGCAGAGAUUUAAUAUGUUGC